AUGUCCACCUGGCGGAGCCAAUGGUCCAAUCAAAAGUGCGUUUUUAAGUACUGCCCAAUCAAAUUAUUGUUGAUUUGAAUACCUUCCGAAGAACCCAAAUUUGAAAUUCGUCUGUGAAGUUGAAUGGAGACUACGAUAUUUUUGAAAAAUAGAGACAAUUCUUUUUGAAAUACUACUGCGGUGAAAUUAUUUCUCAUGCUUUUUUCUUUUAUCUAACCUACGCAUCCAAAUUGAAAUAUCAAAAUGUCUAGCGCGAGAAGAGAAGAGAUGAGAAAAGAUAUUAUUCCUGACAUGGUUGUGGAUCCAAGCUCAGGGAAACGAUAUUUGAAAGGAAGAUUUCUCGGAAAGGGAGGAUUUGCUAAAUGUUACGAGUUGACAGAUGUGGAAACCAAAGAACUAUUUGCUGGGAAGGUUGUUCCUAAAUCACUGCUGGUUAAACAGCAUCAGAAAGAUAAGAUGACACAAGAAAUUAACAUCCACAGAAGUAUAUCACAUAAGUACAUUGUAAAGUUCCAUUCCUUCUUUGAGGAUUCUGAUCAUGUUUACAUUCUACUGGAAUUGUGUCGUAGAAGAUCUUUAAUGGAGUUACACAAGAGACGAAAAGCAAUAACAGAACCAGAGACCCGAUACUUUGUACGACAAGUCAUCCUAGCUUGUCAGUACCUACACACUAAUAAAAUUAUCCACCGUGACUUGAAACUUGGAAAUCUGUUCAUAAAUGAUGAGAUGGAAAUAAAAAUUGGAGAUUUUGGACUUGCAACAAGAUUAGAUUAUGAUGGAGAAAGAAAAAGAACUUUAUGUGGUACACCUAAUUACAUAGCACCAGAAGUUUUAGGCAAGCGAGGACAUAGUUAUGAAGUAGAUGUCUGGUCAUUGGGUUGCAUUAUAUAUACAUUAUUGGUUGGUAAGCCUCCAUUUGAAACUACUUGCUUGAAAGACACUUACAUGAGAAUUAAAAAGAAUGAGUAUCAUAUACCAUCUCGCAUAAGUAAAGCUGCAGCAACACUUAUAGCCAAGCUACUUAAAUCUGACCCAACAGAUAGACCUAACAUGGACCAAAUCUUAGAUGAUGAAUUCUUGCAUUGUGGUUACUUACCAGCCAGACUACCAACAAGUUGUUUAACAAUGGCUCCAAGGUUUGACACAUUAGCUAAAUCAGAGCUGCAGACAUUACAGUCAAGAAAACCUUUGUUGGAACUCAACAGAGCAGAUGGUAAUGGUAGACCACAGACAGCUGUUCCAGAUUCUGUUAAGGUGUAUGAAAGACAGCUGGCCGAAGGUGGUGAAGAUGAAGGACAGAGAAAGCCAAGUGAUGAGCCAGCAGAUUAUUAUCUCUCUGACUUGUUUGGACAGUUGUCAGCUGUAGUGGCAUCUAAGCCAUCAGAACGUGUUGUAAUAACAGAAGAGGAUGCUGAGGAUCCAGCACUGAUACCUAUAUACUGGGUCAGUAAGUGGGUAGACUACUCAGACAAGUAUGGAUUAGGGUACCAGUUGUGUGAUAACAGUGUUGGAGUAGUGUUUAAUGAUUCUACUAGACUCAUUCUCUUGGCUAAUGGAGAGAAUAUUCAAUAUAUAGAAAGAGAUGGAACAGAACAUUAUCAUACCCUGAAAGUCUUCCCAGAAACUCUUACAAAGAAGGUCACAUUGCUCAAAUACUUCAGAAAUUAUAUGAAUGAACAUCUACUUAAGGCUGGUGCAAACAUGGUACCAAGAGAAGGUGAUGACAUGACCAGAUUACCUUUCCUUAGGACUUGGUUCAGAACUCGCAGUGCAAUAGUCUUACAUCUCAGUAACGGAACAUUACAGAUCAACUUCUUUCAAGAUCACACCAAGAUUAUUUUAUGUCCUAUAAUGUCAGCUGUGACCUACAUAGAUGAGAAAAGAGACUUUCACAUUUACAAAGCAUCUCUGAUAGAGAAGUUUGGAUGUGCCAAAGAACUAUCAAGUCGUCUUCGAUAUGCAAAGACAAUGGUAGAGCGACUGAUGACUUCAAAAUCUCUAGGAUCUGGACGUGUACGAUCAGCUAAUCCUUCUACCUCCUAGUCAAGUGGUUGUGAAAAAUAUUGUGAUCACUAAGAGGGUUCAGUUUCAUGAAUCAUGACAGUUGUUAUCAUUGCCUUUACAUAUUUAAUGUAUCUGAGGGAUGUUCUCAAAGUAUAUUUUGUCUCAGGGGACAAAAAGAUUGAAGAGUAUGAUUUUGUAUAAUACAACUUUUGUAAACACAUUACGCUCACACUUUCAUGUACAGUGAACUGCAUUAUCUGGGUCAGAACCCUCAUUUGUCAUAUCUAGUAUAAAAGCACAUGGCUUAUUUCAUGUUAUAAGUAAUUUGGUUUAAGAAAAUUAGUGCUGCAACUUUUUUCAAGGGGAAGUUUUUUCUUCAUCUUUCGUAAAAGUGAAUUUCAUAGUCCCAUGCUAAUUUUUUGUUUUCACUCAUUAGAAUACAUUGUGGAAUUCAUGUGCUUCAUUUGUAUGGUGUUUUUUCUACAGAAAACAUAGCUUUCUGUUAUUCAAUGUUCUUAAAAUGUAAGAGUACAUUUUGUGAAUGAAAAGGGUAUGUAUGUGAAAGAAACAGAUGAAAUUGAAAAUGACUGAGUGAAACUGCAUGAUGUAUGUUUGUGUAAAUUUAUUAUAAAAGUGCUGCAUGAAUGGUGCAAGAGUUAUUUUGAUUGUAUAUCGUUUCACAUCUCAAAGAAAAUAGGAAAUAUCAAAUUGUAGUUUUAAGAAUCAUGUUAAAAUUAGCACAAAUUAUUCAGAGUGCUUAUUGUCAUCAUCAGACUUGCAUUGUUAUUAUGUCUUUUUGUUAUCUUUGCUAUGAAUAACUCAACUUGUCAUUUCUCUCAUUCUAAUUAAGGUCCAACAAUUUUUGGAGUGUGAUUUCACUCGAGUUUGCUUGGCUAUCGAUUUAGAAUUUUGUAUGUAAGAUACCUUUCCUGUAGCUAUUACACCAUUUUUAAUGACUUGUUUACAUUUUUAAUGAUGGGAUGAAGUUUGUUAAAAAAGAUGUUCCAUAAUCUGCCAGUUACAGCUAAUGUUAUGGUGAUCUUGGUAAAGUUUAGUAGUGUUCUACCCAAUUUACUACAAGGAAUAUAGAAAAGGUCACAAAGUUAACGCUAGAAAGUUGUAAAAACUCGCAUUGAUGAAUACUUGAUGUGAUUCUAUAAUAUGGAGUAAUAUUACCAACUGCUAACCAGAGUUGCCUUUCCUGGGAUAAGUUUUACUGUUUGAAUAUUGGGAACUGGUGUUUUCAUUUUGUCCACAUAAACUUGACAUUUAUAACAGAUUUGUGAACAAAACUUUGUCAGGUGUAUUAACUAUUUAACUAAGCCUUUAUUACACAAACUUUGUCUUGCUGUAAUUUUAUGAUUUUAAAAAAUGAAAUUGUAUUUCCAUGAGAAUGUGAAAUAAGAUAUAAUAAACCUUGAAAAUAAUUUAAUUUUGUAAAACUUUGGAACUUUUUGUAUUGUUAGGUUGCAGUCUCAUCAACAUUUCCUUGAAUUUCUAUAUUUUCUUCUUUUUUUUAUCUUGCUAUAUCUUGAUCUUGGUUUUUUUUUAAAUGAGGGCUAUGUUUUAAUUUUUAACAAGUCCAAUAUGUGAGUUCCACCAAGUUAAAAUAACUGAAAAGAUAGCCAUUUGACUUGAAUUGUUACUAACAAACAUUAACAUGACCUUGUUAUCUAACAAAUUUCUAUGCCUUUUCCUUUUCUGAAAACUAUAGAAUCUCAUAACUUGACUUUAUGAUCUAUAUUGUUUUGUAAACAACUGUUCUGUUGAUUUACUAAUAGAGUAGGAAUGAAAUCUUGAUGCUGUUGACAAUUCUAUCUUUGUUAUAAUAUCUGAUAAUUGAAACUCAAUAAUGUUAUCAUUUCUCUAAAAUAUAUACAAGUCUUUUGAGUUUAUAUUUAUGAAUAAAAAAUAAAACUUUA